AUGGAAGAAGUAGACUCUAUUCUCGUUGAUAACGUCAAAUCUUUUGCUUCGGGCGGAUUUGGCGGUGUUUGCGCCGUUCUCACUGGCCAUCCAUUUGAUCUUACUAAAGUUUUACUACAGACCAACCAAUAUCCAUCAACAGCACAAGCCAUUAAAGGAACAUUGGCGAAAAAUGGUCCACUCGGAUUCUACAAGGGUGUAACCUCGCCUCUAUUGGGAGUCACACCAAUGUUUGCCGUCUCCUUUUGGGGGUACGAUCUAGGUAAGAGACUUGUUAUCUCCAACAGAGGCAAGUCUCCAGAUGAACCAUUGACAAUUGGUGAGAUUUCAGCAGCUGGCUUUUUCUCUGCAAUACCAACCACGUUAAUUGCUGCGCCGUUUGAACGUGUCAAGGUUGUUAUGCAGAUAGACAAGGAGAAAUCAUCAUCUGGAUUUGCUGCAACUGUUGCCCGUUUGUAUAAGGAAGGUGGUAUACGUUCCAUUUAUAAAGGUUCAUUGGCAACUCUAGCUAGAGAUGGUCCAGGUUCUGCUGCGUAUUUUGCCACUUAUGAAUAUGUGAAGAAUUACUUGAGCAAAGAUAAUGGACAAGAUGACGGUUUAUCAUUGGGGGCAAUCACCGUAGCCGGUGGAUUGGCAGGCGUUGCCAUGUGGACGGCCAUCUACCCCGUUGAUACCAUCAAGUCCAUUCAACAAUCUUCCUCAACACGUGUCUCCAUGUCCUCCGUAGCAAAGACAUUACUCAAAACCAAGGGAAUUGCUGGCUUCUUCCCUGGUCUAGCACCAGCGUUGGCACGUUCCUUCCCCGCUAAUGCAGCAACUUUCCUCGGUGUCGAAUUUGCCAAACAGCUCUUGGGUUGA